CAAAUGGGAAAGUGUUUAAAACCCUGAAAACCCUAACGCCCAAACCGAGCUUCCCGUUCUCUUCAAUGCAAACUUAAACCCUAAAGCAGAGCGAAUCAUGGAAAUUGAUCACCCCGAAGGCGAGACCCCAAUAAAAUCCGAUCGUCUACGCAAUCUCUCGUCCAAGGGAUCUUUUCCCACUUCCGUUGCGAAGCUUUCAGGGUCCUCGCGCAUCAUACCUUCGGAAACGGAUUUCCAUUUCUACAACAACUUUGAAGAAUUCAAGAACCCUAUCGCCCAAAUCAACGACAAAUCCUCCACCCUUUUGAGUAUUAUUGGGGCGUCAGAGGAUUUGCUCGGGAAGCCAAUUCUUUUGCCGGAUGACAAAAGCGUUGAAUUGGAUGAGGACUUGGCGUUUGAUUGGCUGGUGAAUGUGAACGACGAGAUGUACGAGAGGCUUGAUGCAUCGUUGGAUGACUUUAAGAUGCUGCGGGAUAAGGAAGAGGAGAGUGGUGUGAGGGCCAUGAGAGUAGACCAUGACGGUGAGGAAAAUGGGUUUCAGAUGGUUUAUGGGAGGAAAAAUAGAAAAGGUUCGGGAGGGGCGGAGAGGAAUGUGGAGGGUGUGGCCAAAGGGGGGCAAGAAGUGAAGGUGGCGGAGAAAGUGAAGCCCAAGGUUCCUUUCCAUAUACCUUCUAUUCCGCGGCCGCAAGACGAGUAUAAGAUUAUUGUGAAUAACGCGAAUCAGCCGCAUGAUCAUAUCUGGUUGGAGAGGAGUGAGGAUGGGUCUAGGUUCUUGCAUCCUUUGGAGAAACUCUCUGUUCUUGAUUUUGUUGAUUCAAGUGAAAGUACCGUUGAGCCUGAAAAACCUCUUCCUUUAGAAGUCACACCCUUCAAGUUUGUAGAAGAAGUGAAAGAUUUGAAGCAGUUAGCCAUAAAAUUACGUAGUGUGGAUGAAUUUGCGGUUGAUUUAGAACACAACCAAUACAGAUCUUUUCAAGGUUUAACUUGCUUGAUGCAAAUAUCGACAAGAACUGAGGAUUUUGUCAUAGACACUCUGAAACUUCGUGUUCACAUUGGUCCACACCUUAGAGAGUUAUUCAAAGACCCAACUAAGAGAAAGGUAAUGCAUGGAGCGGAUCGGGAUAUUCAUUGGCUUCAACGCGACUUUAGCAUUUAUGUCUGCAAUAUGUUUGACACAGGACAGGCGUCCAGGGUAUUGAAAAUGGAAAGAUUCAGUCUGGAACACCUGUUGAAUCAUUUUUGUGGAGUUCAAGCAAACAAACAAUACCAAAAUGCAGAUUGGCGGAUCAGACCACUUCCCGCUGAGAUGAUUAAAUAUGCUAGAGAAGAUACACAUUAUUUGCUGUACAUAUAUGAUCUUAUGAGGGCAAGAUUACUAAGAUCACCUGCGGAAUCUGAAAGUUCUGAUCCUCCUCUUAUCGAGGUCUACAAAAGGAGUUAUGAAAUUUGCACCCAACUUUAUCAGAAAGAACUCCUGACAGACACUUCCUACCUUCACAUUUAUGGGUUGCAGGAUGCUGAUCUUAGUGCUCAACAGCUAGCAGUUGUUUCUGGACUUUGUGAAUGGAGGGAUAUUGUUGCUCGUGCAGAAGAUGAAAGCACUGGUUAUGUUUUGCCAAAUAGGACUCUUAUCGAACUUGCUAAACAGAUGCCUCUCACGCCAAACCAGAUGCGUCGGGCUUUGAAGACCAAACAUCCAUACAUUGAGCGGAAUCUUAGUUCAGUUGUUAGUAUUAUACGUAUCUCUAUCCAAAAUGCUGCUUCAUUUGAGGAGGCCUGUAAAUAUCUAAAGGAAAAGCGUAUGGAAUCGUUACAUGAAACGAGAACUUUGGCUCCGGAAGAAUCUGAAGUUUUGCCUGUUGAAAUACCUGAGAUGUCGAAAGCUGCGGAGGAAAUCGAAUUUGCACAGAAUAGUGGUGUACCUAUUGAUGCUGUAGUUGAGAGCUCAUUAGCUUCAAGACAACAUAAUGAUGAGUCUCACGACUUCAAGAGUUCUAGGACUAAAGUGAAUAAAAAAGGUAAUAUGAAUGACGGUGCUGCUUAUCAAGGUGCAACAUCUCCUGCGGGUGACGCCAAAUAUAGACACACUACUACAAAUCCACCGCAUUCGGCUGAAGCAACCGUUGAGACGCUAAAAAAGCCAUCCCGUGCCUUUGGGGCAUUGUUCGGAAACUCAGCCAAAAGGAAGUUCAAUCUUGAUAAACCAGAGAAAGAAGACUCCAAACUAGAGCAGAUAAAAUCAACAGUGAGUCUCCCUUUCCACACAUUUUCAGGCGGAGAUGAAAGAUUGCAUUCAGAAGUCAAGGAAUCUGCAAAGAUUCCAGAAGUUGUACGUGAAGAAGAGCCUCCUGCUCCUGCAACUGAUUCAAGUUUAGUAGAUAUUAUUGUUUUGGAUGAUUCAGACAUUGAGGAUUCAGACGAUGCCAAUUUAGAUGCUACCAGAGAUGACCGGUCCAGACAAGUCGAAAACAAUGAAACCGGCUCUACUUUGGAAGGAGAUGAACCCAUAUCAUUAUCGGAUCUGUCCUCCAGCUUCCGGAAAUGCUUUCCAUCACUAGAACAAGCCAUGGGUUCUAAAGUGGUGGACAAAUCUCGACCAGCGGAAGCCUCCAUAGAGGUGAAACCCUUUGAUUAUGAAGCUGCUCGCAAACAGGUCAUAUUUGGAGGCCAGAGGAAGGUGGAACCCUUGGUGGAAGAUGAUGGCAGUUCGAAGAGAAAAGAGAGGAGAAAAGGUUCUGCUGCUGUAGGCAAGGAUGAUGAGCCAUCAGAACACCCACAAGGUAGACGGCGUCAGGCUUUUCCAGCAUCUGGCAACCGCAGUGCAACCUUUCGCUGAAUGUCGAAUGUCAUUGGAUUUGUUGCUCCAGUCUGUCCCGACACUACAUUCUGCACUGCCAUUUACUCUUGAGUAGCGAACAUUGCUCAAGCUACUCUACUCUCUUUCGUGUAGUUUAUAGUAGUAGUUUUUCUUCUCUGAUACUCGUCUAUAUUUUUUUUUGUAUUUAAAAUACCCUCUUGUGGAUUGAUAUCACCGUGCGACAGAGACAGACGAGAGGGUUGUGCUUCAUUUUGUUUCAAUUGAUCAUCAGAUAAAUCUCGUCGGC